AUGUACCAGGGGCGUCGCUGGAGCUUCUCCGAGUUUCGCGCCGAGGUCGACCGCGUGGCCCGCGCGCUCAUCAACCUCGGGGUGCAACCGGGCGACAAGGUGUCCUUGUGGAUGCCCAACCGCGCGGAAUGGCUGUUCCUGUUUGGCGCUGUCGCCAAGAUCGGCGCCGUCCUCGUUCCCAUCAACACCCGGUUCCGUACCACCGACAUGGAGUACCUGGUCAAGCAUUCGGAUUCCACCACCCUGAUCCUCAUGGACCGCUCCGGUCCGGUCAGCUUCCUCGACAUGCUGCGCGAGGUCGCUCCCGAGGUUGACACCGGCAACGCUGCGGAACUCCACCCACCCGCCUUCCCCGCGCUGCGCAACGUCGUCGUCCUCGGCGCAGACCGCCCGGCCGGCUCCAUCGCCUGGGAUGCCAUGCUGGCCGGCGCCGACGAGGUGAAGGCCGAAGAACUGGCCCAACGCGAAGCCGCCGUCAGUCCCGACGACACCUUCCUGCUCAUGUACACCUCGGGCACCACCGGCUUCCCCAAGGGCGUGAUGCACUGCCACAACCCCAUCCGCACCAUCACGGACGCCGCGAACCGCAUGGCCGUGUCCCCCCGCGACGUUAUCCUGAUGUAUCUACCCCUGUUCCACUGCUUCGGGCUCUACGAGGGCCCGCUGAUGUCGUGGGUAACCGGCGCCCGCAUCGUGCUGACCACCAUGUUUGAUGCCGGAGAAGUCCUGUCCCUGCUGGAAUCGGAGCGGGCGACGGUGAUGAACGGCUUCGACACCCACUUCUUCGACCUCACCCACCAUCCCGAUGUGGACCACAUCGACCGGAGCAGCCUCCGCACCAUCUUGCUGGCCGUGGGCAUGGCCUCCAGCGAACCCACCGCGCGCCUGACCCAGGAGAAACUGUGCCCCUCCCUGUCGGCGUGGGGCAUGACCGAGGUCGGCGUCGGGGCCACCCGUUCCUUCCUCGACGCCCCCGAGGACGACCGUUGCGUCGAAAGCGGCCACGCCCUGCCCGGCUACGAGUUCAAGGUAAUCGACCCCGAGACCGGCGCAAUGCAGCCGGCAUCGACCAUCGGCGAGCUCUGCGUCCGCGGCUACGCCCUCAUGCAGGGCUACUACAAGCGACCCGGAGGCCACGGCGGAAGCCAUCGACGGCGACGGCUGGUUCCACACCGGCGACGUCGCCACCAUGCGCGACGACGGCAGCAUCCGUUUCAUGGGCCGCUACAAGGACGUACUCAAGGUCGGCGGCGAAAACGUCGACCCCACCGAGGUCGAGGCGUUCCUCCUCGAGCACCCCGCGGUCAACAAGGUCCAGGUGAUCGGCGUCCCGGACCCGCGCCUCACCGAGGUCGCCUGCGCCUGUGUGGUCGUCGAGCCGGGCCAGGCCAUCACCGACGCCGACCUUGGCGAUUUCUGCCGCGGGAAAAUGGCCAGCUUCAAAAUACCCCGCCAUCUGGUCCUGAUGGACGACUACCCCAUGACCUCCAGCGGCAAGGUCCAAAAAUACCUGCUCCGCCAGAUGGCCGCCGAAACCCUGGGCCUUGGCGUCUAGCCACACCCUUCAACCCGCAGGGUCAUUCGGUUUUCCAGAAUGUCAUUGUGCCUCGAUUUCCCUGA